GGUCACUUCCGGCGAGCGGGGCCGUCCCGCCGCCAUCUUGGGCCGGCUCCGGGGGCUGCGGCGGCGGCGGCGGCGGGGCCCGGGGCCGGUGGCGGCGGAGCGGGUCCCUCCAUGGGAAGAUGCAGCGGGCGGGGGCGGAGGAGGCGGCGGGGUCGCAGGCGGCGGCGGGGGGGCCCGGGCGCAGCGGAGCCGGGGCGGCGGCGGCGGCCCCCGCCGGGCGGCUCCUGAAGCGGGAGCUGCGGCUGCUCGAGUCCAUCUUCCACCGGGGCCACGAGCGGUUCCGCAUCGGCAGCGCCUGCCCCGACGAGAUCAGCUGCGAGUUCGUCCCGGGGCCGGGGGCCCGCGCCGGGGGCUCCGCUUCCCGGGGGCCGCCCCCGGGGCCCGUCCGCAUCCACUGCAACAUCACGGAGUCUUACCCAGCUGUGCCCCCGAUCUGGUCCGUGGAGUCGGACGAUCCGAACCUGGCAGCUAUCCUGGAGAGGCUGGUGGAAGUCAGGAAGGGAAACACGCUGCUUUUGCAGCACCUGAAGCGAAUAAUCUCAGACCUGUGCAAGCUGUACAACCUCCCCCAGCAUCCAGAUGUUGAAAUGUUGGACCAGCCUCUGCCGGCAGAACAGAGCACGCAGGAAGAGGUGUCCUCUGAAGAGGAAGACGAAGAGAUGCCAGAGGACACGGAGGACUUGGACCACUAUGAGAUGAAAGAGGAAGAGCCAGCAGAUGGGAAGAAAACAGAGGAUGAAGGCAUUGGGAAGGAAAACCUGGCCAUUUUAGAGAAAAUAAAAAAGAACCAGAGGCAAGAUUACUUAAAUGGUGCAGUGUCUGGGUCUGUGCAGGCCACUGACCGGCUAAUGAAGGAGCUCAGGGAUAUUUACCGAUCACCAAGUUUCAAGGGCGGAUACUAUGCAGUUGAACUAGUGAACGACAGCCUGUACGAUUGGAACGUCAAAAUCCUGAAGGUUGACGAGGAUAGCGCUUUGCACAAUGAUCUCCAGAUCCUCAAAGAGAAAGAAGGAACAGAUUUCAUCCUCCUCAACUUCUCCUUUAAAGACAACUUUCCUUUUGAUCCACCGUUCGUAAGGGUCGUGUCCCCUGUGCUGUCUGGGGGGUAUGUUCUGGGUGGCGGUGCCAUCUGCAUGGAGCUACUCACGAAACAGGGCUGGAGCAGCGCCUACUCCAUCGAGUCGGUGAUUAUGCAGAUCAGCGCGACUCUGGUGAAAGGGAAAGCGCGAGUGCAAUUUGGAGCCAAUAAGAAUCAGUACAGCCUGACAAGAGCACAGCAGUCCUACAAGUCCCUGGUUCAGAUCCAUGAGAAGAAUGGCUGGUACACACCACCCAAGGAAGAUGGCUAGCGCGGAUACUGCAGGACCGAUCUCAUCUUCUGAACGCUGUACUUGGAUCUUACGAUGCCUCUCUGGCUUUCUCCCAGGAUAUAAUAGCUCUGCCUGUUGCAGGACAAUAAUGGCUGUUAUAAACUCUAAAGAAAACUGUUUAAGCAGUUGGACUGACCUAAAACACUUGCUGGACCCUUGCUAGCAGGCAUUCUUAUUAAAACAAACUUUUGAGCCUCUUGUAUCGCUGGAAACUUUCGACUCUACUCCAGUCUAGAGCGUCCUCCUUACCUAUGCUAUGGAUUUAAUUUAUUUUCUUAUUUCAUGUACACUGCUUUUUUUUGUUACAGUGUAUGAUGGAUGUGUAUGGAAAAUGUAUCUUUGGAGAAAAAUUACAGUUUGUUAAUUUGAAGA